AUGAGGUUAUUUUUCAGUCAUCCGUGGAACACGGUAGUGAGUGCAGCAUGGCGAAAGUAUCCGAAUCCGAUGAAUCGUGCAGUGACAGGUAUAGAUGUGCUGAAACAAGAAGUACGCGAUAACCACUCGAUACGAUCUGAAAGAAUCAUCCAGAGUCGUUUCUCUAUACCUUCGUGGGCUGCCAAGUUAACUGGAUUUUCGGGUACGCAAUAUUCUUACGAGAUAUCUGAGGUAGAUCCAGCUAAACAAACGUUGACAUUGACGACGAGAAAUUUGAAUGGAUCAAGUUUCUUGAAAGUAGACGAGAAAUUGACGUACGCUCCAGAUCCUGAAAAUUCGCAAAGAACGAUUUUACGUCAAGAAGCAGCUGUAACCGUUAGUUUACCAGCAUUCACAGAUUACUGCGAGAAGACAUUCCUGAACGUUUAUGAAUGCAACGCUGAUAAGGGUAGGAAAGGAAUUGAAUGGGUGAUUGGUCAGUAUUCAGAGUUAUCAUCGAAGGUUACGUCAGGAGUGCAGGAUAUAUCCGGGAAUAUGUUAGGUACAUGGAAUACGGCAGGUGCUCGGUGA